CAGGGGGCGGGCGGAACCGCGCGCGACACUAGGCCGGGAGCGGCCGCGCGCUCCCCGUGACGGCGCUGCGCGCGCCUCGCUCCGCCGGCGACAGCGCCAGCGCCAGAUUGUCCUUCAAAUAUUUAUCUACGUUUACUUCAGUAUUUCACAAUCUGUUGAUAGUUUGGGUAAAUGAUGGCUCAGCUCCAGCAAGGAGGCCCAGAUGAAAAAGAGAAGACCACUGCGUUAAAGGAUUUAUUGUCUAGAAUAGACUUGGAUGAACUAAUGAAAAAAGAUGAGCCACCACUUGAAUUUCCUGAUACUUUGGAAGGAUUUGAGUACAUUUUUAAUGAAAAAGGACAAUUAAGACACGUUAAAACUGGGGAGCCAUUUGUUUUUAAUUAUCGUGAAGAUUUGCAUAGAUGGAACCAAAAGCGCUAUGAAGCUCUUGGAGAGAUCAUUACUAAAUACAUUUAUGARCUACUGCAGAAGGAGUGCCACUUGAAGAAAGUGACUCUUCCAGUUGAUGCAAUUGAGUCUGAACCAAAGAGCUUUAUCUUUAUGAGUGAAGAUGCAUUAAUAAAUCCUGACAAGCUGUUGGUUCUGAUUCAUGGUAAUGGUGUUGUCAGAGCUGGUCAGUGGGCUAGGAGGCUUAUAAUUAAUGAAGAUCUGGACAGUGGCACACAGAUACCGUAUAUAAAGAGAGCUAUUGAGGAAGGCUAUGGAGUAAUAGUUCUGAAUCCCAAUGAGAACUAUAUUGAAGUUGAGAAGACAAAAGCCCAAAUACAGCUGUCUUCUGAUAUCUCAGAUGAACCUGCAGAAAAGAGGGAAAGAAAAGAUAAAGUCCAGAAGGAAAUAAAGAAGCGGCGUGACUUCUACGAAAAGUAUCGAAACCCACAAAAAGAAAAAGAAACUAUGCAGAUCUAUAUUAGAGAUAAUGGCUCUCCAGAAGAACAUGCCAUUUAUGUUUGGGACCAUUUUAUUUCCCAGUCGGCUGCAGAGAAUGUGUUUUUUGUUGCUCACAGUUAUGGUGGACUUGCCUUUGUGGAGUUGAUGAUUCAACGAGAGGCAGAAGUAAAGAACAGGGUAACUGCUGUGGCGUUGACAGACUCUGUUCACAAUGUGUGGCAUCAAGAAGUUGGGAAAACUAUUCGAGAAUGGAUGCGAGAGAACUGCUGUAACUGGGUAUCCAGCUCCGAGCCCCUGGACACGUCAGUGGAGUCCAUGCUGCCAGACUGUCCCCGUGUCUCUGCAGGUACGGAACGCCAUGAACUAACUUCCUGGAAGAGUUUUCCAUCUGUUUUCAAGUUCUUCAGUGAGGCUGUAAAGGCAAAGAACAGCUUGGUGAAACCAACCCCAACACGACGCUCCAACAGGAUAAAAUAUGAGGAAUUCUAAAAGGAGGGGAGGAAAGAAACCCACCACCACCAAUGUCUUUGCUGCUUGUUGUCUGCAAGGAGUCUCCCAGCCCCUCAUUAGAUUGUUUUCUUCCUAGAGCACAGGGUCGUGAUGUAUACAUCUAAAUAGCGUUUUGCAUUAUUUCUAGAUGAGUGCAACUGUCAAAGCAAUAUGGGUUCACUGGUUGUGCUUCCUGUGGGCUGUAACUUGGAUUUUGUGCUGCUCAUCAGUGUGCAGAUUAAGGGUGACAGUGGUACUGCACAGUGCAGCAUGGUGCAGCUUUAAUUGCCCUGACAUAGGCCUGCACCAAGCUGAUGUCAGAAUUUAACAGCUUCAUUGCAGUCCUAUCGCCUGCAGGAUUUUUUGCAGCUUCCUUCUAUUUUGAGACAGAACAAAAYGGCAAUUACUCUUUUUUAAAAGACGGCUCUAACUCAGACGUGUUAACCAGCCUAUGAUUUUACACCCAGUAGCCUUCUCUUUCUCUGGGACCAAGUGGGAUUGAUUUUUAACUCUUUAAUUUUUCUGCUGGCAAGAGUGUGCAAGAAGUUUGGCCCAGAAUUCUAGAAAGGCUCCAGUGUUGUAGAGAUAUUCUCUUACUAGAUCAAUGGCAUUAUCUGUAGGUCUUCUCACCCUUUGGAAAGCUCUACUUUUAAAAAAAAAUGCCUAUUCAUUAACAAGCUGGAUUACACUGUGAAAUAUGACAGAAAAAAAAAAAAAAGACACACUGCAUAUUUUCCUGUUUAUUUUUAAACACAGAGAUGCUUCCAUUUUUGUAUGCUGGGUUUGUAAUGACUUGCCAUUCUGUGUUUUUUCCCUUCUCCCUACGCUCACGGGUUCAUCCCCACUUUCCCAGGCUCUCAGACAUAGGUCAGCCAGCAGUGUACUCAGUGUGGGGACUCCACACCAUGCAUUGGGGAUAUAUGGCUGUAGCCAUAACUAUUGCUUUAGGCAGACUUUCUCCACUAAAACUAAGGGAAAAGAUGUGCUUGAUAGCAUGCUCAGUGAGCAAGCACUCUAAUUAGGCUUCUUUAGUGUCAAUAACACUAAAUUAAAGUGGUCUUUACUGGCCAUGCCCACCUCACCUCUGAUACUGUUAGUGAUGAAUGAGGAGGCGCUUAAACACAAGGGUUUGGGACCCAGCCCCAUCCUCUCCUCAUGCUGUGUGUCCAAUCCUACAGCKGGGGACCAGGAGUGGUGAGGUGCAAAGGGGAGCCCAGCUGCAUUUGGGCCUAAAUCCUGCAGGUGGGGGUCUUGGCACCCACAGAGUGCUCACAUCCCUACCUGCUCAUACUGGCAGCAGGGCUGCACUCCCCCAGUUCCUGCUUCCUGUCAUCUCGCUGCGUUUGAGCUGUGCCCGGGCAGGGUGCGAGAGGUGUCGGUCUGUGCCUGUGCCAAGAGAGGUGCAGGAUCUGUGACCAGCAGCUUUUCUCCUGAGGGAAGUGUGUUGCUAAGGGGAGAGGGCUGCACCCAGCUUCCUCUGCCCUCCACUCUGUAUUCACCCCCAGUCAGAAGAUGCUGCUGCCUGAUCCCUACCGCAGGGGUCUGCAAUUCCCCCUCCCCAGCCCUUGUCCACCCCGGCCCCCCAGACCCUGUGUGUUUAGGGGUAAGGUGAGAGUUUACGCGGCGUGGUUUGGGUGUCUGUGCUUUGUCCCACAUCCGGGGAAGAUGCAGAGGCCAGGGAAGUUAGCAUGUGCACACACACACACCACACCUGCCACUAUCCAUCUCAGAUGGAGUCUCUAGGGUGCCCAAAUAUUGGAGGAGCAGGUCUUUCUUUUUAACUGUUGAUGAGGUACAAACUGGACACAAAUUAUUACUAUAAUGCUUGCCAUUUUUCAAAUAAUUUUUCUUUACUGUGCCCCGGGCCCAGCUCACAUUAUUGCUCCGAUGGGGGGCUGUAGAGCAGAGGGGAUCAUCACUGGUACUGCUCUGCUUGCAGUGAACAAAAAAUAAAGAUGCUCUCUUCUCUCCUCCUUGC